AACCCAAAAACGCAGAAACCCCAGCAAUUGGAAAGCUCACCCACAGCAAAGUGUAAAAGAUAAAAUCUCCGGCGGAACCCAAUGUCGGCGUCGCUUCCAAUACUCUCACUCUACUCCGCCGUCAGAGCUUCUUCAGUGGACAUCGAACAGCGGGCUCCGUACAAUCCACAGCGCACGUAUCCGAAAAAGCCAGACGCCUUGAGUUUGGCUCCACCAUCCACCUUAGCCACAACAACCGACAAACACGCCGUCAAAAUCUCCAUUCCAGACCUCCUUAAACGCGACAUUUCAAAACCUGCCCGAGAUGAAAUAGGCGGUUCGUAUUUAGGGUACGACACGUGGCUACCGACCCCACCCAAAGUGGAGAAGCCUCGCUCCGUGUUCAAUCCUGCAUCACUUGCUUACAUUGGUGAUUGCAUUUAUGAGCUGUAUGCUCGCAGGCACUUUUUGUUUCCUCAACUGAAAAUUGAAGAAUACAACGACCGUGUGAUGGCUGUUGUACGUUGUGAGGCCCAGGAUGCAAUGCUGAAAAUACUUAUGAGCGACAACUUCUUAUCCCCAGAGGAAAGGGAUGUGCUGCGUUGGGGGAAGAAUAUCGGUUCCUCCAAAACAAGAACAAAGAAACGAGCAGGUUCGGCAGUUUACAACAGAGCAUCUUCCCUCGAGACACUUGUCGGUUAUUUGUAUCUUACAAAUGUUCAGCGGUUAGACGAGAUCAUGGAAAAAAUAGGCUUUUCCAUUGAUACUAACACCCCUUUGGAACAAGCGAAAUAAGAUGGCGAGUUAAAUGCUGAUUAUUCGAAGAGAAGACUAUCCCAAGAAACGAACUUGGCUAAGAUUGGCCCUUGAGGGAUGCAUCUGAAAUUAUGCUGUUUUGAGUGGAUUUUACGAUGUUCUUGGUCCGCAUACUAAUGCUUUACAAAUUCGACAUUGCAUCAACGAACACUAAUUAUGUAAAUAUAAGGUUAAGAGACUAUUGAUUUCGAUUGUAUCUGUCAUAUUUGCUAAGUCUAAAGAUCCACAGUCAUUUUGAGUUUAUGGACAUUUUAUUUUUUUAG